CAGACAGUGGUCCCGUUCUGUCGAGUGGCACACAGGGCUCUGUGAGGUACGAGAGAAGGAGGCACGGAAAGAAGAGAGAGAGAGACGGAGCCCUCGGGAACUAUUCAAUCAGAAAUAAACAAAAACACACUUCUCUUCAUGGACUGUAAAAUUAAAAGAUUAAUUAUCAUUUGCUUGGAUUGGAAGAAUCAACACAUGCGAUUCUGACGGACGACCUGAAUAACGGAGUUCACUUUUUUUGGGGAUUUUGGUAGACACUCCGAAAUAAUAUAUUUUUGAGGUUCAAGCAACAUUUUCGAAAUAUCGCUGAGAAGGAACAACAAUCCCCUAGCCAGUCUUCAAGAUGGAGGAGGAACAGUGCUUCUACAAUGAGUCCAUUGCCUUCUUCUACAACCACAGUGGAAAGUACCUGGCUACAGAGUGGAAUACCGUCAGUAAGCUGGUGAUGGGGCUGGGUAUCACAGUAUGUAUCUUCAUCAUGCUGGCUAACUUGCUGGUCAUGGUGGCUAUAUACGUCAACCGCCGCUUCCACUUCCCUAUUUACUACCUGAUGGCCAACCUGGCGGCCGCGGACUUCUUUGCCGGUCUGGCGUACUUCUACCUGAUGUUCAACACGGGCCCGAACACGCGGCGCCUCACGGUCUCCACGUGGCUGCUCCGACAGGGUCUCAUCGACACGUCCCUCACGGCGUCCGUGUGUAACCUCCUCGCCAUCGCCAUCGAGCGCCACAUCACCGUUUUCCGCAUGCAGCUACACACGCGCAUGUCCAACCGGCGUGUGGUGGUGGUGAUUGUAGUCAUCUGGACAUUGUCUAUCGUCAUGGGAGCCAUCCCGUCGGUAGGGUGGAACUGUAUCUGUGACAUCGGCACGUGUUCUAGCAUGGCUCCGCUGUACUGUAACUCCUACCUGGUGUUCUGGGCCGUAUUCAACCUGGUCACCUUCCUGGUCAUGGUGGUGCUGUACGCUCACAUCUUUAUGUACGUGAGACAGAGGACCAUGAGGAUGAGCAGACACAGCUCUGGGCCACGCAGGAACAGAGACACCAUGAUGAGUCUGCUGAAGACUGUCGUCAUCGUAUUGGGUGCGUUCAUCGUGUGCUGGACUCCAGGCCUCGUUCUCCUCCUCCUCGAUGUGUUCUGUGCCAACUGUAACGUCCUGGACUUUGAGAAGUUCUUCCUGCUUCUGGCUGAGUUUAACUCUGCUAUGAACCCCAUCAUCUACAGCUACCGGGACAAGGAGAUGAGCGCCACCUUCAAGCAGAUCCUGUGCUGUCAGCGCCAGGAGAACGUUAACGGGACGGCAGCCGAGGGCUCCGACCGCUCAGCCUCCUCUAUCAAUCACACCGUGCUGAGUGGGGGGAAACAAAACAAUGAUCACUCAGUGGUGUGAGAGGAGGAGAGGAGGACAGGAGAGGGACUGGGGCUGGAGACAGGAGGAGAGGGACUGGGGCUGGAGGUGGAGAUAGGAGAGGGGCAGGAGAGGAGAGGACAGGGGAGGAACUGGGACUGGAAACAGGAGAGGAUA